AUGAAUAUUGAAGAUAGAAAGAAACAGAGCUCGACAAAACUAACGGUCGGCUUAACUGUUGUAAAAUAUUGCGGAAAAGCGUAUUUGCCAUUUCUUCAGCGACGCUAUCGACAUCGGAAAAACUUACCUUCAGUCGAAAAUCCAUUGUUGUUGUUGUCAGCAACUGAUUUGGCAAAUGCGAUUAGAAGCAGGGAAAUUUCAUCGGUAGUUGUCGUUCAAGCGUACAUCGAUCGAAUACGAGCUGUAAAUCCAAUACUGAAUGCCGUAAUUGAGGAUAGGUUUGAUGCGGCACUCGAUGAUGCGCUAAAAGCCGACAAAUUGUGCAACGAAUUAUCUGUUGAUGAAUUACGAGAGAAAUAUCCCUUACUUGGAGUGCCAUUUACUGUCAAAGAAUCUGUCGGCGUCGAAGGAAUGUCACAACAUGUAGGCGUUGUAGCUCGCAAAGGCAUGAAAUGUGAAAAAGAAGGUCCCUUAAUGCGGAAUUUGAGACAAGCAGGCGCUAUUCCGUUGUGUGUGACAAAUAUACCCGAAUGGUGUUGCAAUUGGGAGACUCAUAACGUGAUACAAGGAAGAACUUUUAAUCCGUACAAUACUUCUUACACUCCCGGCGGAAGUUCAGGAGGAGAAGCUGCUUUGUUGGGAGCUGCUGCGUCGUUAUUUGGCGUUGGAACUGAUUUUAUGGGAUCAAUUCGACUUCCUGCGAUGUUUUGUGGCGUCUUUGGGCAUCGUCCUACAAGACCUUUGGUUAGUUUAGAAAAAUCUGUUCCUGAUUGGCCUGAUCCAACUAUUCAAAAAAUCAUGGCAACAGGCCCAAUGUGUCGUUACGCAAAAGAUUUGCCAUUGCUGCUGAAAAUAAUGAUUGGAGAAAAUGUUGAAUUAGCUAAACUUGACGAGGUAGUUGACUUAAAAAGUGUUAAAAUAUUAAUGCCAACUACUUUCGCAAAUAGCAUAGAAGAUACUCCCGUUGAUAAGGAAAUCGUUGAAAAACUUAAUCUCGCAGCGGAGGAAUUGAAAAAGCUCGGAUGUAAAGUUGAACGAAUCGAAAUCGAUUAUAAUGGAUUAUUUGAACGUCUUCUAUCGAAAUAUUUGAGUGCUGAUUUGAAGGAAGUUAUCGAUAACAUGACUGACAUUCCAAAGAGAGAUGGAUGUAACCUUCCAUUCUUACGAGAAUAUCUCAAAUGGGGAAUGGGAAAAUCUACUCAUAAUAUUUACGCUAUUCACGCGCAACUUCUUAUAAGAUUCAAUCGGUAUUAUCCAACGCAUCAGAAUGUACCAUUAAUUGACGCAUUUGAGAAGCAAAUGAAGAAUAUCUUACAAAACGACAGUGUGUUACUUUUCCCAACUUUUCCAACAGCAGCUUUCAAACAUCAUGGAUUCGUUAAAUCAAUUCCGGCAAUGGUUUACAUCCUCCUCGCAUCGGUUUUCAAUCUUCCAGCAACAUCUAUUCCAAUGGGAUUAAAUAAAGAACAAAUGCCAAUAGGAAUUCAAGUUAUUGGAGGUCCAUUCCAAGACAGACUUUGUCUUUCUGUUGCUCAAUUUUUGGAAACUAAAUUUGGAGGAUGGGUCCCUCCGCCGUCAGAAUAA